AUGACGAUGAGCAAGGUGAGUGAUUUCACAGAGAAAGUUGUGUCACUUCUGAAGGGUUUUUGUUAUUGUAAGAUUCAGGUUCAGCAGAUUCAAGCGCAACUCAUUCUUCAAAACCUCCAUUCACACACCACCAUUGCUUACAACUUCAUUGAAGCAUGCCAAUCACAUGGCCUUCUAAACUCUUGUUUUCUGUUAUAUACCAUUGUUCUUCCGAGACCCCAUGUUUUCAUUUGCAACUCUCUCAUCAGAGCCUUCUCUCACUCUCACAUCUCCAACACCUCUCUUGCCAUAUACUCCCACAUGCACCGCAACUCCAUCUUUCCCAAUAACUUCACCUUCCCUUUCCUCUUCAAGUCUUUAUCUGACACCCGUCAAUUUAUUCAAGCUCAGUGCGUGUACACCCAUGUAAUAAAACUGGGUCAUCUUAAUGAUAUCUACGUUCAGAAUUCACUUCUUGAUGUCUAUGCUUCGUCUGGCCACGUGGGGUUUUGUCGACGCCUGUUUGAUGAAAUGCUUCACAGGGAUGUUGUGUCGUGGACUGUGUUGAUCAUGGGUUACCGCAAUGUUGGGAACUACGAUGACGCGUUGCUUGUCUUUGAACAGAUGCAAUAUGCGGGUGUGGUGCCCAACAGGGUCACAAUGGUGAACGCCUUGGCUGCUUGUGCAAAUUUUGGUGCUAUUGAAAUGGGUACUUGGAUACAUGAUAUCAUAAGGAGGAAUGGGUGGGAAUUGGAUGUCAUAUUGGGGACUGCAUUGAUUGAGAUGUAUGCAAAAUGUGGGAGAGUGGAAGAGGGGAUGAGUGUUUUCAGAAGCAUGAAGGAAAAGAAUGUGUUUACUUGGAAUGCGGUUAUUAAAGGGCUAGCUUUAGCUAAGAGUGGGGAAGAUGCAAUUUGGUGGUUUAAUAGAAUGGAGCAGGAUGGAGUUAGAGCCGAUGGAGUGACUUUGGUUGCAGUUCUUUCUGCUUGCAGUCACUCAGGUUUGGUUGACAUUGGUAGACAGAUCUUCAAUUUCUUGAUUGAUGGCAAGUAUGGAUUUUAUCCUAGUGCCAAACACUAUGCUUGUAUGGUUGACAUCUUGGCACGUUCUGGGCGUUUCCAGGAGGCUUUUGAGUUCAUGAGAUAUAUGCCUUUUGAACCGACCAAAGCUAUGUGGGGAUCCUUGUUGGUUAGUUCCAAAUCUCAGGGUGACUUGGAAUUCAGCGAGUUCGCAGCUAGAAAACUAGUUGAAUUGGAGCCAGAUAACACUGCCUAUUACGUUCAUCUAUCAAACCUGUAUGCAGAGAUGGGAAGAUGGAGUGAUGUUGAGAAAGUUAGGGGAAUGAUGAAAGAUAGACAACUGACCAAGGACUUGGGGUGUAGUUCUGUGGAGGUUGAACACCCACGGCAUGUUAAAGAACUUUUGGGAUAGUACUCUCUUAGCAUUUUCAUGCAAAUUAUAUAUAGAAAAGCCAAGUUAGCUGUUACUUCUAUUAGGGGCUACUGCAAUAUAUAUUUAUUGUCAGUGAGUCAGGGUGCAUACAUUGUAUUGACGACUAGAUUGGUUGUGAUAUUCAAGGAUGGCACAAAUGAUUGCCCCUGUUGAUCGAGUGUACCACAAUUCACUGAGAAAGUAACCAUAUGCGGAUCAGUGUUCCUGUAGAUGGCCUACGGCUGUUGAGCUUCUCAAAGACUGCUCUAGAUGUCAAUGAGUCAGUAUUAGUUCACAAAGCAUCAUCACUAAUUGAACUCUCUUCAUUGCGGCAAAAAAUAUGCUACCAUCGUGCUACAUGACAUACAAUUUAACAGUUGAGAUAUAAUCCAUGUACUGCAUUUACUUGAUGGACCUCCAAAUUAACUGGCUAUGUGCACUUUCUGCUGUGUCUUUUGAUCAGAUAAGACAUUAGACAACCAUUGCAGCUUGACUUCGGGCACCAUUUGGACUGCGAUAUUCUACUCGUUUUCCCAUAAUAGAAAUCUUGAAGUUUUAAUGGGGAUGUGGAUUUUUGUACAGUUCAUUAUAUGCCAUUCGUCAGUGAACAUCCUGAAACAGCUUCCUCCCUAUUUUCUGCUUUGAAUAGCGCGGAUCUGAGACCAAUCCAGGCUCGUGAUAUAUGGUGUUACAGCUGCACCAAAAAAGCGCUCGUGAUACAGAUCCACCAAGGUAAAACGGUCGGUGCUAUGUAUUGGAUUUGGACAAACUUUUCUCAUAAGUACCCAUUCUGACUUCAUUCUCUUGCGCAACUGCUGAAUCCGAGGAAUCCCAUUCUACAGCCAGCUCCCAUACAAGAUUUGA